UUCUCCUACCAACUUUUCGGUCGAGCGAUCCAUUAUCAGGGUACCACUGGCUACGAUUGGCAUGUGGUAUUUGCAUAAAGAGCCGUUCAUCACCUGAAUACUGCUUACCUUACGAUGAAUUCCCUCCUUGAACCCUUCCUUGCGCUCCUUCCAUCAGCUACGUUGCAGCUGCACAACUUGUGUAUUUCAUUUUCUGACAACACGCAGCUUGUCCUUGGUGCAGCUUGUCUUGGUGUAAUAGUAGGUGUAAUUUCUUGGGCUUACCUUCCGAAAUCAGAGAGUGGCCUGCCUCUCCCACCGUCCCCUCCCACUUGGAGACUUUGGGGGCACGUCCUUCCGCCUCGCAACGCAUUUCUCACUGUAGCGGGAUGGAUAGACAUGUACGGUCCUCUGAUCACCAUUCGGUUGGGAUAUAUGAACGUCGUUAUUAUCGGACGUUACAAAGCCGCGAUAGAUAUCAUGGAGAACCAGGGGAAAUCGUUGGCUGAUCGUCCUCGCAUGGUUGCUGCUGGAGAAAUGUUUGGCCGCGGUCUCGGCAUUACCUUUGCACCCGUUGGGGAAAGGUUUCGUCGCAUGCGUAGAGUACUUCAUACGCACCUCCAGCCUAAAGCAGCUGAGGCUUACGAGCCCAUGCAAAUUUCACACGCGAAGCACACUGUCCUUGACAUCCUUGACGAUCCACACAACUUCCAGAACCAUGUGUCAACUUAUUCUGCGACGACAGUUAUGAAAGUUGCAUACGGGAAGAAUACGCCCACGUCUGCGACUGAUCCCGAAGUCAUUGAGAUUAAUGAACUCUUCAGUAUGAUUACUGAAGUCGUCCGCCCUGGUGCUUACCUGGUGGAUUCAAUCCCUUGGCUCAAAUACCUUCCUUGGUAUGGCCGGGAUAUAAGACGGGGGUCUGAGAGGCACACGAAACUCAAUGCUGGUCACAUGAACCGCGUGAAAGAGCAAAUGCAGAGCAAUGUGGACAUCGGCCCUUCGUUCGCAAAAUAUAUGCUAGAAAGUGGACAUCUCUAUGGUUUGUCAGAGGCUGAGAUGAGCUCUCUUGCUGGUGCUUUCUUUGGAGCUGGAUCCAAUACAACUUCUGUUGCAAUAUGUACGGUGUUCAUGGCUGCUGCAUGUUUCCCCGAGGAGCAAGCUAAAGUUCAGGCCGAGCUCGAUGCGGUCAUCGGAAGGAACCGAGCGCCGACCUUCGCCGACCAGAAUUCCCUUCCUCGCCUGCAAGCCUUCAUUUCUGAGGCUUUGAGAUGGAGACCCGUGGCUGCCAGUGGAUUCCCUCACAAAACAACUAAGGAAGUGAUUUGGGAGAACUAUUGUAUUCCAGCUGGGACUAUGGUAUUCGGCAACCAUUGGUCCAUCUCUCGAGAUCCAGAAGUGUACCCUGAGCCUUACGCGUUCAAGCCUGAACGUUGGAUUGACGAUCACGGUCGCCUGAGAGACGAUUUGAAGUUCUUUGUCUACGGGUUUGGUCGGCGUGUAUGCCCCGGUCAACAUGUUGCGAACAGAUCGGUAUUCAUCAACUCACUCCUUAUUCUCUGGGCCUUCCGGCUCGCUCUGGAUCCUACGCAGCCGUUGGAUGACAUGAUUUACAUGAACGCAGACAUACCAAAGAAGCCGUGCCCGAUCGAGUUUGAGGCGAGGAUUCCAGAAACAGAGCUCAGGCGCAUGAUGCAGGAUUAUCUUGAGGUUGCAUGAGAAAUCGUGACGUUUCGAGUCUCGAGAUGGAUGUUCUUACUAGU